AUGGGGCUUGCCACACAAGCAGAUCGUGCUGAUGAAUCCUUUCCGGUCUGCACCGCCCUCAGGGCCUCCUACGUGCAGGUGCUGGAAAUUCAAGAGAAGAUCGAAAGUCUUUGCUUUUCAGGAAAUCAGGUGUACGUUGGGACGGCCGUUGGAAACCUGUUCCAGUUUGGACUUCCCUCACACGUUGAUUCUGAGGACAAGGACCUGAGAGCUGUUCAAGUUGGAGUUGUACGUCUCUCCACCAGGAGACCGGUGGAACAGGUUUGCGCCACCGAGCGCUUUGUCUUCACUUUGCUGGAUGGAGUUCUGAAUGUGUUGCCAGCUGAUAUCCAGUCUGCCGCAGCAGUGGAGCUUUGCAAGGAUGUGAAGCAAAUCUGCCUUCACAGCGGCAGCUCGGGUGAAGAGGUCAGCGGAGAGAUCUGUGUGGCGACGCGGAAGAAGUUGAUCAUCUUCGCAAACAAAGGGACCACCUUUGAGCAGAGACAGGAAGCAGAGCAGGGUCUUCUUGAUUCCAUCCUCAAGCUGAUGCGUCGGGUGACAAUUCCUGCCAGCCUUGAAGAAGAUGAGAAAGAGCUUGUGAUUGAUGUGGACAUGGGCAUAGCCAAUGAAUCUGGAGUUUGUGUUUGGGAUUCGGCUCUCUGUUUGGGAGAGAUGCUGAUCAAGGAGCAGAGAAGUUUGCAAUCCCUGCAGGGCCGCAUGUCACGACUCGACCCCUCGUACUCAGGGGAUCAUGCUGAUGCCAUUGAAUUGGACUGGGGAGAUGCUCCGGCGAUCUCUGGCAUCAAUACGGUGAUUAUGUCCGAUUGCGUGUAUCUUCGGGAAGCUUGUCCCCUUCUGCUGGAAACCUUGAAUGCCUUGGCGCCGGACCAAAUUAUCUGGGCCCAAGAAAUGCGGGGCAUUGAAGAGGACUGA